AUGACAACAAUGACACCCACUCGUCCGACUGUCAAGGUCGCGGCUGUCCAGGCAGCGCCGGUCUCUUUUGAUUUGGAAAAGAGCCUGGAGAAGCUGAGUAAGCUGACGGCAGAGGCGGCAGCGGCUGGUGCCGACUUGGUGGUAUUUCCAGAAGGAUUCUUGUCAGCAUACCCAUGGCGAUACGCUUUUGAUGCGACGAUAGGUGCACGAGAACCUCGAGGUCGACAAUGGUUUGCAAGAUACUUUGAUUCGGCUGUUGAAGUCCCAUCGCCUGCAUUUGACGUGUUGUCUGAAACGGCUCGAAAGUACAAUGUUCUUCUGCAUGUGGGUAUUAUCGAAAAAGCAGGUGGAACGCUUUACUGCACCGCAUUGUUGCUAGACCGGAAUGGCAGCAUGGUGUACAAACAUCGCAAGUUGAUCCCGACGGCAGCUGAACGACUUGUCUGGGGUCGAGGGUCCGGAGACGGCCUGCAAGUGAAGCAAACUGACGUUGGGAAAGUGGGAAGUUUGAUCUGCUGGGAAAAUUAUAUGCCAGCAGCGCGCAUGGCAUUAUACCAACAAGGUAUCGAGAUAUAUAUCGCGCCCAACGCUGAUGAUUUACAAGCGUGGACUGCAUCGAUGCAGCAUAUCGCCAAAGAAGGACGCUGUUUUGUGAUUUCUGUCAACUCGGUGUGUAAGGUCUCAGAUUUUCCAUCCGACUAUCCGCCGUUCACAACUGAGCAUCCCGACCGGAGGCCGGACGGGGCCCAGUGGGAGCCGGAUGACAUUGUCAAUCACGGGGGCUCUUGCGUUGUCGGGCCGUUGGGAACGUUCAUUGCCGAGCCAGUAUGGGACAAGGAAGACAUCAUUUAUGCCGAACUGAGGAUGGCCGACAUCAUAGAAUCUAGGGCUAAGAACGUUUCACAGCUUGAUUUUGACCCGGUCGGCAGUUAUUCCCGGCCGGACGUCUUUUCCUUGACCGUCAACACCAAGCCGGGCACCAGUGUGGCAUUCACCAGCUGA